AAACACGAAAGACCCAGGCUCGAGGAAUACUAGGCAACUACCUAGAGCUUUUCAGAGCAUCUAGCAAUCGACGCACUUGAAAGCGAAUGGUCAUAUUCUCAACAAAUCAUGGCGAGGACAAGGGCCUCCAAGGGCAGUGAUAGCACAGCCAAAGCAGACAGCUCAGGCGCAACCACAUCUGUGUCAAAAUCAAAAUACACAAUAUCACAGCCAUCUCAAAACCCCCCCAAGGUCUUCAUACUGCCCAAGAAAGCGACCGACGAUGCCCGCAUUGUAUCGUUAUUACAUCCCCGCUACGCGAAGCCAACGCGAUACCUAGUCUGUCCCCAGACGGGCUUUUACGAAUUCACGCGCAUCGCAGCACCCAAGAGCACACCGCAAAGCUGGCUGAUCCAAGCCGACGAGUGCCAAAGUCUCGAAAACCCCGAGGCGAGCACCAGACCUGUUGAGAAGGAUGCCGAGAGCUUCGGUACGUACGUGACAAAUGGCGCCGAGCUCUUCGUCGCAACCCCUAUCGACCCUCUAUUCCUCAUCCUACCUACCCUAAUUGACCCCUCCAGCAAAUCCGAGAAGCGAAGAUACAUAUCCGGCGACGACCACUUCGAUCGGAUACAGGAAGAGUCGCCGCAUCUAUGGGAGAUAUUACGUUGGGGCGAGGGACGGAUACGGGAAUUGCUGGAGACGCGGUUAGGAGCUGUUUGUGAAACGGUAGAAGCCGGUGACGAGCGCAUGUUCCGCUUCAGCGAGGACAAGCUCACGGCGGAAAUCCUGAGCAAGGCCCGACGGAUGAGCGCGCGUCCCUUGCCGCAGAGCAUGGAAGAGAAGUUCGUUGUAAAGCCGCUUGAAGCACCCGUAUUAGGAGUGAAACGAGAAACGACUACCACAACAGCGUCUGCCCCGGCGUCGGCAGAAGCUGUGCAAAACGAUUCUUCAGCCAUGAAUUCCACAAAUGGAACGCCCAGAUUGGAAGCCAGCGAGACCGGAUCCUCGGGCUCCUCCGCAGAGAGCGGCUCAAGCUUCGCAUCAGAGGCUUCAACGGCCGCCACAUCCGUCACGGCCUCCGAAGACGAGAGCCAAGCGCUGGCCGCCGCCCUGCAACCCGCAAUGGUCGCCUCGGACGAAGUGGUGUCCCUCCAACGGCUCCGCACAGCCUUCAAUUUCCUCUGUUCGAGCUAUGCGCCGGCGUCUCUAGUGACAAUCCUCCGAGCUAAAUUAUCAGCGCUGCCCGAGGCCGACUUCGCGCCCUUGGACACAUAUCUGUCCGAGGUGAACCGUUUGAGACAGGAGGCGGCUGCGGCGCGCUCAGCGGGCGAUUAUUCGCGGAAGAGGGUGCUGGAUGAAGAGGAGCUUGCCGAGAGAGCGGAAAAGAAGCGGAAGAAGGAGGAAGAGGAUAAGAGGAAGAAGGCUGGAGAAUCGCGUGGCGUGAGGGAGCUCAAGAAAGUUAAUACGGCGGGUAUGAAGAAGAUGAGCGACUUUUUCAAGAAGAAGGCUUAAGGGUCUGCGUCUACAGGUUAAGGGGCAAUUGUAUAUACGUAAUGAUUGAAAGGGAAUGGCAUUUAUUGGGUAUCAUUUGGGAUGGA